GUGCUGUCCCUUAAGGCACAGCACGGCCCCUCAGUCCGUUUUGCUGGAUAGGAUUGGUCAUUGGUGCGUGUUCCUGUCCUCCUUCCUCAAGUGGCCUUUCUCAGUUGAUAAAAAGGUCUCUCUCUCUCUCUCAUCUCUUUUUUUUUCCUUCUCUCUCGCUCUCAACUGCACCUGCUACCCUCCAACGUUGACCCACAAACAUCCUCAAUCGCAAUUUUCCUUAUGUCCAUGAGAUCCAGAUCUGGCCUCAGUUUCUCCAAUUCAAGAUCCGGUUGAAUUUAGAGGAACAAUUACCUGUUUAUUUUGUGCUUCAGGACCAGUUUUCUGGUACACGUUUGAGAUAACUCGUUUGAGUUUUUUUUUUUUAAUCUUUUGGGAAAAGACCAUUUUUACCGAAACCCAUGAAAUAAUUUCUAGAUUCUGCACAAGUAUUACUACCAAUUACUAUUUUUUUUUAUAACUCUGGGUCCGGGCCAUACACUUAGACUAAUCUGGGGACCAAUCCCAUCACCCACUACCAAUUUACUAUUUGAGAAGUAUUCUGGAAAACUUAUUCUGAAAGUGUGAACAAACAAGGCCAAAGCCCGAAAUUGGGUUGAAAACAUGUCGUUGUUGCCAAAAAGCGAGUCGAUUGAAAUCCGUGAGGUUUGGGAGGGCAAUGUCGAAGAAGAGUUUGCUUUGAUUUGCGAUAUAGUUGAUGAUUAUCCUUAUAUAGCAAUGGAUACAGAGUUUCCGGGCAUUGUUAUUCGUCCCGUUGGGGCUUUCAAGAACAUAAAUGAGUAUAACUACCAGACUUUGAAGGAGAAUGUUGAUAUGUUGAAGCUAAUUCAGUUGGGUAUCACUUUGUCAGACGGAGAAGGGAACUUACCGACGUGUGGAACUGAUAAGUAUUGCAUUUGGCAGUUCAAUUUCCGGGAAUUUAAUGUUAGUGAAGAUAUUUCCGCCCAGGAGUCCAUUGAGUUGUUGAGGCAUUGUGGCAUAGAUUUUAAGAAGAAUAAUGAGAUGGGUAUUGAUGUGAAUCGCUUUGGGGAGCUCUUGAUGUCUUCUGGGAUUGUCUUGAAUGACGAUGUGCAUUGGGUUACAUUUCACAGUGGGUAUGAUUUUGGGUAUUUGCUUAAGCUGUUGACUCGCAGGAAUUUGCCCGAAACGCAAGAAGGGUUCUUUGAUUUGAUCAGUACCUAUUUCCCGAUUGUGUACGACAUUAAGCACUUGAUGAAGUAUUGCAAUAGCCUUCAUGGUGGGUUGAACAAGCUUGCGGAGCUUUUGGAAGUUGAGAGGAUUGGUACUUGUCAUCAAGCAGGCUCAGAUAGUUUACUCACUUCUUGCACAUUUAAGAAGUUGAGAGACAACUUCUUUAACGGAUCCACAGAGAAAUAUGCAGGUGUUCUAUACGGCCUUGGGGUCGAGAAUGGAGGUUAAAAUAAAUGAUGGACAAGUGUUUGAAUGUUUGAUUAAUCAGUUAGGCAUGAGAACUCCCUUUUUCAGCUGUACACAAUUGGCAAAUGGUUGUUCUUCUUAGUUUCUGUUUAUUGCUUAUCCUUUUUCUGAUCUUGUGUGUCACCUCUGUGGUGGUUGUAGCUUGGUUACUGUAAAAUAUUGCAGUCAGAAUCUCAAUGAUAAUCUUAAUAGUUUCGCUUGUCUA